AUGACCUACACGCUUUUCUAUGCGCUCCUGUUCUUCGUUAUCAUCUCCGGCACAGGGCUUUAUUUGACUCGAUCACGAUGGCUACCUUUACUACCUGUUCCCGAUCAUAUCUAUCAUCGACUACCAUCAAGCUUCACAGGCGACCUGGAAGCUGGCUUGAGCUCUUCGCAUUUCGACAUCACAGCUAACGUUGCCGAUGGAGACCCCAGAGCAGGCCUUGAUCAGAGAGCAAAGCAAGAAGUACGAAAGAUCAUGAAGACUCGCAAAGUCGAUUUUGACGAAGCCCGGCGAAUCUACACAGAACAGCGAUUUGCACGAAAUAACAUUGGCCCCGAUGGCCGCCCCCGGGAUCCUAAAUUCGUCUCGUUUUCAUAA